CGAACAACUAGGGGGCCUACAUUAUGAAAUCUAAUGAAAAUAAAACUUGUCUUCUUUAAACGGAAGGAUGCGUUAGUUCCCAUUGGCCUACUACUCUCCACGCAUAAUAACAGGCCAUGAAGUACACGUAUAUUCAGUUCAGCUGAACUGAACUGCCACAAAUUCUGCUUUCUGGUAGGACACCAGUGCACGCCCACUCCACAUCCGUGCAUUCGCUGACACUGUCAUGCAUAUGAUAUAGCGUAUAGACUUUCUGUGAAGCGGAGCGUGUGUUCUCGUUUUGUAAAGUGGUUGUUCAAAGCUCUGUUGUUCGACAGGUUCAUUCAGAGACAAUUCGGACGAAUUUUACAAGGAUUCCCAACCUCGCGGAUCCAGAGACAACAAAAAGAUUGCCAGAAGCACUGUCAACGACGGGGACGAAAAUAUGACCAGCACGGAGACGACAACGACGGCGUCUUUCGACGUGGCCACGGCUCGGUUCGACCCGGAAACAGUAGCCAUUGUGACUGGCUCCGCCGAGGGCAUCGGGAAAGCUUUCGCGGAGGUCCUGCUUCAGAGAGGCGUUAAGGGCGUGUGCUUAGCUGACAUCAACGAAACGAAGGGGAAAGAGACGGAGAAGGAGCUCAAGAAGUACGGGGAAGAAAAGGUGGUCUUUGUCAAAUGUGACAUCACGUCGGAAGCUGACCUAGAGGCUCUAUUCACCAAAACUAAGGAGAAGUUUGGCACGGUGAACCUGCUGGUGAACAACGCAGGCGUACAAGAUGAGCAGAAUUGGCGACUAUGCGUGAACGUGAACGUGAUUGGGACAUUAACGGCUACAUACACUGCGUUGAAACACAUGAGCCUUGACGAGGGCGGUCACGGAGGCACGAUCAUCAACAUGGCGUCUGUGGCAGGACUGCGUCCAAUCCCGUACAUGCCGUCAUAUGCCGCCUCAAAACAUGCCAUCAUCGGGAUGACCAAGUCUUUCAUGGCGCAUCCGUGCACCAAGUUGAAGGGUAUCACCAUGGCGGCGCUCUGCCCCGCGUUCGUGGACACCAACAUGAUCCAGGAGGACCGCGUCAUUCUUCGAUGCGAUUCAGACAAGCCAAUGGCCCGUGGGGUUAUGGCACAGGUCGGCGUGUUAGAGGUGUCCGAGGUCACAGACGCUUUCUUGACCCUCAUCCUGGACAAAGCCUGGGCUGGGAAAAUCAUGCAGAUCAGCAAAGCGGCUGGAAUGAAGGAAUCACCAAUCAUGUGAUCGCCACUAUUCGCCAAAAGUUAGACCGUGUGCCUGAAGAAAUGAUAUCUUAAGGAGAAAACAAGGGGGUCUUCACUAGUACGCACACAAACGUUACCAGAGAAUCUCGAGCACAAACGUUCAUUAAUAUUGUAAAUGUGAUUUAGCGCCGUGUGUUAUCCUUUUUUACGCUUUGGGGUGUCGUUCACACCGAAUAUGGCACAUUUUAAGUAAAUCCGGCGCAUCGAAUGAAGUUCACGCAUCCUUAAACAUUAGAUACGCGUUUUGGCUUACAAACGCAACACCGUAACAACAGUGAAGAAAAGUGGAGUCAAAUCCUGCACAGGGAAGCCAAACGGGCAAGUAAAACUGAAAAUUGCAACGUCCGGUUUUUAAAAUACAAUUUCCAUUUACAUUUGCCCCGUGCAGGUAUAUAAACGGUGACGGGGCUAUAAGUAGAAAAACCCACAUCCCUUAAAAAGGGCGGAAGAGACCAACGAUUUUUCACAUAUGAAGUGUUGCUUCACGUAUUUUCGUACUGGCGUAAGCAUUUCCUACGUACCACUGCAAAAGAUCGCCAUGAAUGUGCGCUAACGCGGCUUGGAAGAAGUUGUUUCAAUCAAACAUCUGUUGACACUACAAUAGAACACUGAUGCAUGCACAUCUUCGAGAUGUCACGGACACCAUAAGUAAUUUGUGGAUAGGUCUGCAUUACAUCGUAUCCAGGAAUAAUUCUAUCACAAUUAGUGGGAAUUCAAAGUAGGUCUACAGCGGUAGGGGACUAGCAUUGAAAUGUAAGAGUUGUGGAUUGAUUGCAUUCAAUAUUUCUUAAAGAAUUAAUCGCAUUAAAGUUAUCCACUAGCACUUUGAAUAUUUCACAUAGAAUAAUUAUUUUUGUAAACUGUACUAUCUUCCUCCUAAAUGUAGGUUUUUCUACGUAAAAAUAAAACAUUUUUUAAUUUUGAUAAUUUACCAUAGUGCGUGUUUAAAAGUAAAGAGACGCUAGAGGCAGACAGGUUUUUUUCCGGUUGAUGCACAGACCCGACUCGCAAGUGAACCAUACGCACUACAUGUGUAUACACUAUUAAAAAAGGAACAAGAGAACAGAAUGUUUUUGUCAUGGUCUAUUUGGGCUACCGUUAGAAAAAGAGGCAUUACAGUUAUGUGAAAAUCAUUCAGGUGUUGUCACAUAACUUUAACGCCUCUUGUUCUAACGGUAGCCCAUAUAGGCAAUGACAAAAACAUUCCGUUCUCUUGUUCCUUUAAUUCUCUUGAGUAGUGUAUUAGCCACAUGUGUAUUAUGACAGUUGUGUGGUACUUUAACAAACGUAUAGAUUAACAAAAUUCUGUACGCGUAUUUUAAUGUAAGAAAUUCUGACAAAUGCUAUGUGUAUAACCGUGAACUAAACCGCUGUUUAGAACAUUUACAUGGUUACUCACGAUUUUUAUUCGCCAGACAUAUCAAGUCCGUUGUUCAAGUUGCCUUGAUAAAAUAUACAUGUAAAUUAAAAUUUUGCUCUUAAAGUUCCGGGCAAGAAGGUGUGAUAUGGUGUAUGAUAAUGUCGAUUGUAUGUGUAGAAAAAAAUGCUCAUGACCAGUAUCAGUUUCUAAUUAAC